AGCCUGAGACGGCUGCAGCGGCUUCUGCCGCGGCCGCGGCGGCGCUGGACCAUGCCCCCGCCCCCGCUGGCCCCGCUGGGACGGCUCCCAGCCCCAAGCCCGAGCGACUGGUGACGCUGUUCCGCUGCAAGCUGUGCCAGCAGGGCUUCAAGAGCAAGAACCGCGCUCGGGCCCACGUGGUGGAGGCGCACCCGGGCGACCUGCCGGCGGAGGCGCCAGCGGCGGUGGAGGGGGCAGCUGCGGAGCCCAAGCAGGAGGCCGAGGCCGAGGCGGAGGGGGCCGUCAAGGCUGAGGUGGAGGACGGGCAGCAGCAGCAGGCCAAGGGCGGCGACAGCGUGCCGGCCGAUGCGCUGCUUGAGCUGGCACAGGUGUCUAGCCGCAGGGGCGGUCGGUCGCAGGGCCGCCGCAGGCGCCGCCCCGCUGCUGGUGCCGACGGCGCGGGUACGGACGGCGCCGCUGGUGAGGGCGGUCGCGGACCGCGCGACGGCGGCCGCCGCCGCGGCAGCGGCCCCAAGCCGGCGGAUGCCGCUGGCGAAGCUGCGGACGCAGCCGAUGGCGGCGCUAGCACUGCCGCCAGCGGAGGCGCGGAGGCGCCCGCUGCCGCCGCUGGUGCGGCUCCGGCACCGACUGUGGGCCGGGUGACGGACGAGCUGGCGGCCCUGGGCAUCGUCUCGGCGACUUAGGAAAAGAGGGAACGGUGUACUACGUGAAGGGAAGGAGGCGGAAGGGAUGGGGUCUUCUGCCUUUCCAUGGUUCUGGGAGCGGGCGCUCUGUUGGCGGUGUUAAGGAAAGUGGCCGCGAGUGGGAAAGGGCUGGAUUGUCGGAAAAGAUGACGUCCCCACCAAAACGCCACGGGACGCCCGUUGGCGGUGCGAGGCAGGGCUAAGAACUCUUUCAUCGUCGCCGUUUGGUUCCCCUUGUCCAUGGAUUACAGUAGAAAGUGCUGUAGACGCCCGUCCUGUAAGGGCGAGUGUUGGGUCCUUUGCCUCGGCGGCAAUGUGGAGUAUGUUCUGGUGUCGAUUCGUGGCGUGGUUCGGGGAAGCCCGCUGGGUAGCAACUUGUAUGCGAGCUUAGCGGAGCGGCCUGGUUGCCUAGGCGUGCCCUACCGGUACUACCGAAAGCUAUUCCAUGUACGUAGCCGUUGAGGGCCCGUUACGUCUUAAAGCUCCCUUUGUUCCUUGUGCCCAAACCAAGUGCCGUGCUGCUUAGCGUGUUGUCGUUUCGAUUGAGUUAGGACAGGUGCUCGAUUCACCUCCCAAGCGCUUCCGCUGACGCUCAAAAGACAGUCCAUUCCUGCUUACUGUGUGCGGCCUGGGAUAGUUCUCAGGUGUCUCUUCCUGCCGCGAUACAUGUCCUCUGUCCCACACGACCUUUCUGCCUUCUUGUGUCCAGCGGUCUUCAGCCCACACAUGCCUCGGGGUUCCCGGAGCAAGCCGUGCAUCGCCGUGUGGUACAUGGGUUUCGGAGGAUCAGCGGAAAGUGAGCGUUGGCUGGGCCUCUUCGGAAUGGCUGGGUACGAGCGUGCCCGUCUCUAAUGGUAUGGGCAAGCAUACGUAGGUUGUGAGGGGAGGGUAAAAUAUCCGGAUCCUGUUAAAGAUGAAACUGGCAGCGGCUUGUAGGCGUGGCCCUGACGAUGGGGGUUGGGGCGGCUUGGGAUGUAGUGCACGAGUGACAGGGGUUGGUA